CUCUCUAAAACCAGUGCUCGGAGCAUCCAUCUUCGCGCGUGAUCACGAUCAACAAUGGCGUGACAGCUCCCUCUCCCUCUCCCUCUCCUCUCUCUCUUCAUCGAUACCAGUCGAUCGCAGUACCUUCCGCGCGCCUCGAAGCCGCCGAGCGGCAGAAGGGAAAGGAAGCAACUUGCGCGUCGGACCGAGCACAUUUCGAGCGCGAGCGGUUUCCGACGCACCGGACGGUGACCCGCGCGCCCUGCACGUUGGCGUGGCCCCUAACGUCCUCGCCGGAGUAACCGUCGUCCGCCGUCUCCAUCUCUACCCUCUGCGCGCGUGCGUGUGUGUGAGCUUCCUCUGCAUAUAGAGUUGUCUGUUGGACCGGAGCGCGCUCUCGGGAAGGGGACCCCCUGCACAAAUCAUAGGACGCAACAAUGGCUUCAUUAAGUGUAUGCCCAACUGAGGAUGCUGUCAGGACAUUUCUGGAAGUCUUGGUUGAUCCUCUGAUUCCAGCUAAAUCUUCUGUAUGCGACUCUCCAUCGUAUUCUCAGCAACAAUCAGCUGCAAAGCAGAUGCAUGGAGUUGUCAUAUUGUACAACUACUACCAUCGGAAACAACACAGACAGCUAGCAUUUCUGGGUUUUGAGUCAUUCUGCAAAUUAGUUCUGGUUUUGAAACCGCCUUUACUGGAAUACAUGAAAUUCAUGCAAAAAAAUGAUGAUGCUGAAUUAGUUGACCCUGAGAAGCAGCUUUCCUUGAUGGAAAAGACUAUCAUGGAUGCAUGCGAUCUGUGUAUGAGAUUGAAUGCGUCAAAGGAAAUUCCGGACAUAGAAGGAUGGUCAAUUUCCGAAGUUGUCGUUUUCUUGGUUGACUCUAGAAAAGAGAAGUGCUUGUUGCUAUUCAGCAAGGGGGUUUGGUCAUUAUUUGAAAAGGAUGUGGAUAUCUCCGAUCAGAGUUCAGAAGGCAUGCCAGAGUUGAAACAGUAUAAAAAGAAAAGGAUCACCAAAAAGCCCUUGAGAGAUGAUUCGGGUGUUAAUGAGGAUGCUAUGCAGCAGCUUGCAUUUUCAUCAGUCAAGGAAGCCACAGACAAUAGUCAGGCCUCUCUUUCUAUACUAGAAAGCCACACUGUAUAUUCUCUGGGUAAAGAGAAAUCGACAGCUCGCUUCUACAUAAUGCAAUACACCCAGCCUACUAGUGAAGAUGCCAUUCAGGUCCCUAUAAAAGAUGCCAUUCUGGUCCCUAUAAAAGAUGUCAUCGACAGCUUGCAGGGACCUUUGAUCAGGAAGGUGUCACACAAUUGGACAAUUACUCCAGUCGCUGAAUAUUUUCAUCUGCUACCCUAUGCUGGGAUUUUGUCGGAUUGGUUUUCUAGGGAUGCAUCUCCAAAUCAUCUGGAAAGUUUGAAAGGUGACUCUGUAGCUGCACAAGUAAACAUGGAGGAAGAAGAUGAGGUCUCCGUUUCAACUGAAGAAAAAUAUAAUAAUAUUCCUAGUACUGAACCAAAGACAUCUUCCACGAAGAGGAAGCUGAACAACCUCCAAGAUGUCACCAGUGAGGACAUGAUGGUUGAAAACAAAUGCCAGACUAGCAUUCCUGAAUGCCAAAGCAAUAAUGGUACUGAUGGAAACAACAUGGACAACAAUACUUUAUUGGAUAAGGAGCCAAUCCUUAGUAGUGACCGUGCUUUAGUGACUUACCAGUCCACCUCUGAAGAUCUCGAGAAAAUAUAUUCUGUGUUGGCUUCUAAAGAACACACACUGUCACAGACUGCUUUAAGAGUUUGUCUCCAGAAAAGGGCUAAACUGUCCCUUCAGCUGCGAAAUAUAGAAGAUGAGAUUGCAAAGUGUGACAAGUGUAUCCAUACAAUUAUGAAUGGUGGAGCAGAUGCCUUGGCGCUGAAGAUAGACUCCAUAAUUGAUGGUUGUAAUUAUUCGUGCCUGAAAACUACUGCUCAUGAAAGGACAAAUGCCCAUCUUGAAGGCCAACCUUUACCCCAUUGUACCGAUAUAAAGUUGUCAGAGGCUGUUAUCUACAGACAAAGUCCAUGUCAAGAGUUGGAUGAAAUAUGUGAUGAGAACACUUGGAUUUUACCAACUUAUCAAAUUUCUGUUACUGAUGGUGGGUUUGUCGCUAAAGUGACUGUCAAAGGCUCAGGUUUCGAGUGUUCGACUGAUGGAGACCCUCGCUCCACUCCUCAAGGAGCCAGAGAAUUGGCUGCAGCCAACAUGCUGGUCUUAUUGAAAAGCACCGCAAGCAAGGGGUAGAAGCUGAAUCAUACUCAGCUACUCAUCUGAAUUCUGCAUUUUGCCUUUCACGUGUAUAUAUGCUGGUCCUGUAGAGUUCGGGGCAUGUGGCUUUUGUAACCCAUCCUGUGGGUUGGUGAACCUAACAACCGGUGAGCCUUUUGGCCGACGUCGAUAGGGCUUUUGCUUGUGAAGAAUCGUGGAACCUCUAAAUGAUGAGGCUUAAAGACCUCUAACCUUGUCUGGUGUCGUAUUAGCAUAGUUUAGUCUAAUCUCCACGGUCCUGGUAUAUAUUGAUGGAACCUGACUGAUAUUAUGACUUCUUGCCUUUUCCUCUGUACACAGCGAGGUUAUUCUCAAA